AUGGAGAGCAGUACUGUAUUCCACUCUAAUCAAAAGGAGCAGAUAAUGGGAACUCCUCUUUUCUGCGAUACUUAUGAUUCCCAGGCAAAAGCAUUCUGCAAACGCCUCCGUGUUGUAUGUGAGCAUUACAAGGAACCUAAAUUGCCUCUAGAUACAGUAUGUGGCUUUCCCUUCGUCCGCAACGUAUUUCAAGAAACUGGACAGUUUUGUCCUGUUCCCAGACACAAGUGUACCCGCCAUUUUGGAUGGGAGCGACUUCGUAGGGCGACCAUCGAUGUUGAACGCUACCGACAGUUUAUUCGAAUGGAUGAACUACUGCAGGAGGAACAACGUCUGCACAAAUCUAUCAACCAGCGUUGCGGCACACUUGCUCUUAUUUUGCAUCAAACUUUCGACCACGCUCCUGAUAAACCGGUCUUACUUCCUGAGAAUCUUUUUUCAACUCCUUCAUCGUGUUACUCUAUGCCUCACCCAACUUAG